AUGACAACCCUCACGAUCUGCCCCCCAACACCCUCCGAAACCCCUCAAAUCGCCCCCAUCCACAUCUCAUCAAUGUCCUCCAACACCUUACUCCCGCUGCAAUUCCCCACGUCCGCCUCCCUCGCCGACCCUCACGACCACCUCGUGAAAGACGCCCUGCAUCACCUCCGUGACCACGACACGCCGCGGAUCCUCGUGGCGCGCGUCAGCUCCGACCCCGACGUAGUGGAUGAGGCGGAUGCCGACGCCGACGCCGAGGACGAUGAUGCUACCGCCACCGGGAACGGUGAACGUGUCAUCGCCUUCGUGAAAUGGGACGUCGUCCGACGCCGAGGUCAAGGUGGAAGUCGAAGCCAUGUCAUUGAAACCCCCACCGCAUCCGCCAGCGGCUCACGACGCUUAGAGCCGGGCAAUAUACUGCCAACAACGGCGGAGGCGGGCGUGGUGGAUGACGGGAGUAAAGAACAACUUCCUCGGAACCAACAACACCAUCAACAAUCGAAAGCGGAGGUCGGAGAAGGAACCAUAGUAGGGGCAACAGUGGAGGACUCCAACCACAAGAACAGCGACAACGACGAAAGCGAAGACGAAGAGUGGCCCGCUUCAGCGAACCGAGAAUACCUCACCGCCUACGCGACCGCCGCAUCAAAAGCACGUCGGGUAGCCAUGGGCUCCCGGCCUUUUCUCCGUGAGUGCCCUACACCUUUCAAAUAUCUUGUUUAUUAUUACUCGUCCACUCUUGCCUUUCGGUCCUUUCUUUUUCUCUGA